AGCAGAGACACAAAAAGAGCUGGACCACGGACACGAUUUCACCAUGAGCGGACACCACGCAGGCUAUAAGGGCUACGACCAAAGUGAAUGGAGACUCGUUCUGGUCGGAAAAACCGGAGUUGGGAAGAGCGCUGCCGGGAAUACCAUCCUCGGACGGGAGGCUUUCGAGUCGGAGCUGUCCCCUUCCUCCAUGACGUCGGAAUGCCACAAAGCCAGAGGGUUCAUCGGCGGUCGUCAGAUUGCUGUAAUCGAUACGCCGGGUCUUUUCGAUACAAAUUACACCCAAGAAGAAGUGUUGAAGAAGAUUAAAAUGUGCAUCUCGCUGUCCUCGCCGGGUCCGCACGCCUUUUUGAUUUGUCUUCAACUGGGAAGAUUCACCAAAGAAGAGAAAGACACCGUUCAAAUGAUUCAAACCACUUUCGGCGAAGAGGCGGCGGACUACACCAUGGUUUUGUUCACGCACGGAGAUCAGCUGCGAAGGCAAAGCAUCGAGUCUUACAUCGCCGAAAGCGCGGAUCUACUGGAGCUAAUCCAGAAAUGCCGCAACCGCUACCACGUCUUCAACAACGAAAUAAAAGACGAGAAACAGACGUAUAAACUCUUGGAUAAAAUUGAAAAGAUGAUAGAGAGAAACGGAGGCGGGUUUUACACCAACGAGAUGUUCAAGAGAGCGGAGGAGGCCAUCGAGAAGGAGAAGGAACGACUUAUGAAGGAGCUCGAAGAACAACGCGUCAAAGAACUGGAGCAGCUCCGCGCCAAAUACGGCAAAAACCAAAAGGUCUUAUACAAAGAGGAACGCAGCGUCAACAUCAGGUACCACAACGAGGCCCGGACGAGAGCGGAGCGGUCAAACGAGUUCACGGGGGCUCCGGUCAUCGCCGUGUCGGCAGCGUGCGGCGCGGCCAUCGGCGGGCUGCUGGGGUUGGCGGGGGGUCCCAUCGGGUUGGCGGUGGGAGCGGCGGCUGGGGCGGCCGUCGGGGCGUCCAUAGGGGCUCUGUCGAUACACUUGUCCAAGGGAUGUCGAAUCCAGUGACGGGGUUUCGGGAUGAUCGAGACCGUUACCAUAGCGACUAACAAUGUAGAGCAAAAUUGUGUGUCUUUUGAAUGGAAAAAAGUCCUCAAAAUGUCACGUACUAUGGGACAAUGAAACUUUUAAUUUGACGGUUGAUAAAUAGUCAACUUUUAGUAAGAUUUUAAAUGUCUGUGUGUGAUCCCUCAGUCGUCCAGGUUUGAUCCACCGCAAAAGACGAAGUUUAAAUCCGUCAACUGGACAAAUCGUUGUAGAAGUGAAGACGUUUCGCUGCUCGUCCAAGUUCAAUUCUUCAGUUCUGGAGUUAAAAAAAACAGGACAACAGGGAAUCUGAACCUAGAAGAAAGGUGUAACUGUUCUUUACACUGCGGGUGUGUCUGGAAAACCUCAGAGAAUUUUCAGACAGUUUGAGAUUCCUGACUUUUUCAAACCUACAAACUGUUUUUUAAAGACAAAAACUGUUUCACCCAAAGGACAAAACCCAGAGACACAAACAAAGUAAUGUGGUCGACGCCAUUCAGUGUAGAGAAGAGUGCAGAGAGAAACUAAACAGCCAUAAGAGAAUGAACCAACAGCGUCACAAGAGCAGCUCAGGACCACAGUCUGAUGUUCAUCUCCAUCUCAAAGACACUGAACACGAAAGAAGAAGAGAGUGAGGUUCAGAUCUGAGCCAGAGAAAAGAAAUGUUUUGAGAGGAGAGUUAAAGACGCUAUUUUUGUGAGGAAAGACAAUCCUUCCUACAACUCUAUCCUCAGACCCAAAACAAAGAGAACAAUCGCAGAGUCGUUAAAGGUUGAAUAGGGUCGUUUAAGCUUAAACUGGAGACAAUAGCUACAGUUUCAGUGUCGUUAGCGCCUCCUUCAGACAGAUAUAAGGCAGUGUCCAGCAGAAAUCUGACCACAACUGAAGAAGAAGCGACUUGGACGAGCAGCGAAACGUCUUCACUCCUGCAACGAUUUGUCCAGUCGACGGAUUUAAACUUCGUCUUUUGCUGAGAUUUUAAGCCUUUGACGAGUUUAUUUUUUAUAUUACUGAUCAUAAAACAAACUUUAUGAGCAAAAAUAGUCAAUUUAAACACGCUGUACCUGAUUUUUACCUCCUGAAAACACAGACGGUUCAUUUUAAUCGUUUUGCAGUGGUUCAAAGUUACUCCUCACUUACCUUAUGAGCUCAGAGCAUCCGAAUUAUUCACCACGAUGAGUUUAUAAGCACGUUUCACAACUCGUAGACACCCGAAUGGAGUUUUACGAUGACGGUAAACCUAAUUAGACGCAGACAGCGCACAGCGGACUUCACUUUGACCUCGAGAGCCGUUUACGCGAGACAAAAUUUGCUCAAAAAGAUGGGAAAAAAUGGGUACAGGGUCUUUAAAGGUC